AUGUCAGUUCUGCAUCGUCGGGAGCAUGGCAACAUGCUUCUUCCCUCGGCGCCGCUCUCCUGCGACUCGGCGCAGCCGUUGCGCCCGGCGGCCCAGCAACCCAGCAACUACUUCUCUCCUCCGUCCAGCCCUCCCACUCUGUCGUCCGCCAGGGCCCUCAGCAACAUCAUGACCACCUGCCGAUCGCUGCAAUCACUCAUCGCCGCGCCCGCCUGCUCAUCCAGCUUGUCGGUCGCUCCCAUCGCUCCCGUCGAUCCCGUCGCCCCCGGGCGCCUACCUCAGCUGCCGACGCCUCCUCUGGCCCACGCCCCGCUGCCCAUGAAGCUCCGCCUACGGACCCGACCGGGGACCCCGGCAGAUUCGACCUCGAGCAGCGGCGACGACUUGUACACGCGCAGGAGGUUGGCCAAGCGAUGCGCGCCUCCGCCCGGCCUCCACAAGCGCCGUCGCGACGCCGGCGACCAGAUGGGCCGACAAGAUGUGCUCUGGCCAUCCAAGGACCAAGACCAAGACCAAGACCAAGACGACGGCGCCGCCCAAGACGAAGACGGUGCCCAUGAGGAAAAUGGGAAAACUGCCAAUGGUGGCGAGGAUGGCCAGUCGCCAGUGGAAGCGGAAGCGGAAGCGGAAGCGGAACUGGAACCUGUUGCGCCGUCCACGCCCAAACGAGCUCGCCUGGCCCCGGAGCGGCUCCCGCUGGGAUUGGAGCGCUCCGAUUUUCACAGGGUGCACAGCCAAGCGCACGACCAAGCGCACAGCCAAGCCGCGGGUGGUGGCCAAGGCCGGGGCAGCCUCGGGGGAGGCAGCGACGUCGAGGUUGAGGCCGACGGCGCCGAGUGGAGCGCCGAAGACGACCGCAUCCUGGUUGAGCUCGUCCUGGAGAAGCUCAGGCUGUCCAAGCUGGAGUGGCAAGACUGCGCCCGCAACCUGGGCAAGGACAGACGCAGCGUCCACCGCAGGUGGAAGAGCCUGGUGGUCAAGGGCGAGGUAGGUCUCAAGGCGAGGUCGAGCAACCGCCGGAACCGACUGCUGUCCACGUGGAGGUGA